AUGAAUGAUCAAAUCGAGGAAAACCUUCAAACUAGAUUCCAACAAGAAAAGUUAAUUUUUAACGAAGAGCGUAUUAAAAUUGAAAAUGAAUUAAAUCAAUAUAACGAAUUAUUAAAUGAAAAUUUUCAAAUAAAAUCAAAAUCAGAAAAUGAUAAAAAUGAAACUAUCAAUUUAAGUGAGGAUUCAGAAAUAUUAAAGCAACAACCUGAAAAAGAGCAAAUGAAUCAAACUAAAAAUGAUAUUGAUACUGAUCAGCUUAUUAACCAAAUUAAUAAAUUAAAUGAACAAAAUAAAGAAUUAAUAGAUCAGUUAGAAAUAUUAAAAGAACAAUUGGCUCAAUCUAAUAACCAAGAUCAAAUUAAUCAGCUAAAUAAUGAAAACAAUCAAUUAAAAGAACAAUUAGAAUCAUUAAAACAAAAAGAUAGAGAUAAAGAGGAAUUAUUAAAUCAAAUUGAAAAAUUAUUAAAUCUUGAUAAUAAAGAAAUAUUAGAUCAACAAGACUCUCUUUAUAAUAACGAUCAAAAUGAACAAUACGAAAAAGCUGAAUAUGAAAAUCAAAUUAAACAAUUAAAAGAAGAAUUAGAAUCACUUAAAGACAAAAGAACUGAAGAAAUUAACCAAUUGAAUGAAGAAAAUAAUAAACUAAAACAUCAAUUAGAAUCAUUAAAUAAUCCUCUUCAAAACAACUCCCAAUAUGAAAAUGACAUCGAUCAACUAAAAGAAGAACUGGAAUCAUUGAAGAAACUACAUGAAAAAGAAAAGCAAGACAUUCAUCAAAAAUUUUCAUCCCAAAUUAACCAACUAAAUGAUGAAAACAAUCGUCUAAGAGAAAAUUAUGGAAAAAAAUGA